AUGGUGAAUGGUGAACAAUUUCCUCCACCAACCUCCUCCUCUCCGUCCCCAGACGCGACGGCUUCAGCUGCGGUGGCUUCCUUGCUCCUGCGACAGGCUAGGAAACCGCUCCAAUCCCUGGUUGUGAAGAACACCCUAUUGGAGAGUCUCCGAUGGCAACAGAGUGGCGGUGGUGGUCUCCUGGAGCCGAAGAGGUCUGCGACAGACAAGGACGCUGACGCUCAGGACUUACCUGAUGGCCCUCUGGACCUUCGGCAUCCCCUGCGUAACAUCUACACACCACAGGUCUCGUUGGCUGGGGAACCCGUCAGACAGAGAUGUAAGUUCAGUCUUCCUUUCUAUAGCUUGUCUCGUGGCCUGUGCUGCAUCUUCUGGUUGAUAGGAUACGCUUUAGACGUUUGCCGGAAAGUCUUCUCGUAA